AAGCACCAACUCAGCCACAUUCCUUCGCUUGCGAAAACAGUUAAAUCCACCAGGAAUCUUGCUUUAACAGAAUCCUAUCCCCUAAUAAUUCUCGUGUACCAAGACCUCGAUAUUAGCUCGGAUAUCCACUCUGUUUUUAUGACUGUGACACUCUAAAAGCCCUUUUUAAGAUCAACAAUGGCGAAGAAAGGCAAGAAAGACCUGCCAAAGACGGCUCAGCAGGAUAAAAAGGCAAGACAAGAGUUAAACACCGCUUCAUAUAAUGUUUGGACGUUGAUCCUACAAGUGCUUUGCUGUGGCUUGAUAACAGGAGGAGCAAGCUAGAACAGGGAAAGAAUAAUUAUUUACGGAGUAGAGCUUUUCAUUCACAAAAAUAGCGUUGCAAAGGACCCGGAGGUUAAUUUGAGCCAAGGUCAACAUACUUCAAGACCUGGGCAAGGCGUCAUCAGCCUCUUUCGCUAUGUUAUUCUAAACAAUACUCCCUUCUAAUAAUAUUUUAUAUCCGUUCAAUGACAUUUUUGCAGAUAACCAUUGGCCAGUGAACUCUAAAUCAACCCUGGUGAACUUUCUUGCACGAUGUAACCACCAAUAACAUCUGUUCUCAAUUGAAGCCAAGAAACCAUGCAUUUUCGCGACAAAACGAUGAGCGGAACAAUGAACCUCCCGUUGUAUCAUAUCACGCAUAUAUGUCGCGCCGCUUUCUCCAGAGUCGGCUCAACUCUGCCCCGAUUCUCCAGAGACGAAGCCGAAACUAUCCCCAAAGCUGACGCUGAGCUUUAACAAGACGGGUAGAACCGGACUCAGGUCAGCUAAAGGACAUGCCACGCUAGGUCAGCUGGCCCAUGCCUCAAUCACGAGUUUUCGCAUUUUAUACGGUGAGUCAAUUCGUUAUCAGUAUUAAAUAGAGGGGAAUAUCUCAAUCAUGCGAUCAAGUCGUUGCUGAUCAUCAUUGCGUCUUUACUGCGAUGGCACUACAAGGUCUAACUCGGAAAAUACUGGCAACAUCACUCGUUGCUGUAGUCACUGCUGGCGGUGUCUAUGGCUACUCGAUUCAGAAACGCGUGUCGAAGGUUGAUCGGGAUCUUAUAACACGGUUCAAUACCGUACCAGAGAAAUUCCAGAAGUCGAGAUCUGUUAGCGAGGUUGUCAACGCGAAACAGCACAUAUACGAUUCUGACUCUCGAUACAUCACCCUCGACAUACCGCCUCAACAUCGUGAUGUAUCUGACGAAGUUCUAUUGGCGAAGUUCGUCAAAGGAUAUUUUGGAGGUGCUGUGAUUAGACCGGAACGAGUUGCACUUUCAACUCUUGGUAUGACACUUGUCAACUUUUCAAAAUCAGGGCCAGCCCCGAGAAAGUUGUGGUCAUGCACAGAACUUCCUGAAGUUUCAUUACCUCCGGUCAACACCAUUCUAUAUGGAGUCUUUCAAGUUCUGGAGACUCAAAUCGGCGUCAAGGUUGCGCCAAACCGCACUGAAAGCCAUGUAGACUUUGGAUUUGGAAGUGACAGUGAUGUGUUUGCAGGAGUUCACAGAUUCGUGGUUGUGAGAACGAAAGAAGAGAAGAAUGAAGAAACAGUGCAGAUUCACUAUGAGUCCAUGACUUGCAACCCUGUGCAAAACAAGCCUCUGAGGCCACGGAUCUUGUUCAAAUUUCAUGAAUCCUAUGCAGACUUAUUGUUUAGGGAUGCAAUAUCGGAGAUCAAACACUGGAUGGGCUCGUCUUGAUAUGUUGGACCGCGGAAAGGGUUAUCUCUUCUCUAUAAACUUGUUUUACUAGUGUAAAGUACCAACGAGCCUGUUACUCGACUAUUCACCACUUUGAACCUCUCUCUCAAGUGGCCCUGACUGCUAGCUACCCCCCGGAGUAAGUCAUGUUUGACUUAGUUUGGUCUCGGCCUUGGACUUUCCGGACGCGUUACAACAAACACAAACUGUAUGAUGAACCAAACAAACAGCAUCGCCCAUCCCAGAACCAAAAACUGGCGUCUGAAAGAUUCAGGAGUACUCUUCAGGUUACCCCAGACGACAAGAACUGUCCCGUUCAAGAAGGAAAGAAAUGACAAGACCGCUAAGUUAUACAUAGUUGAAGUCAUCUUCUGAAUCCACUCCGAAGCGUCGCAGUUAGGAAAGAAGUGGCCACUAAAAUGUUGAAGAGUCACGAGGAGACUUAGAUGUACCAAAGAGGUAUAGAAAAAGACUGUCAUGAGGUCAGAGAUAUGAAAGGCUUCAGUUGUCAACAGAGCUUACCUUUGGUAAAAUCUUCGCUAGAUAUACAAAACAUGUUGCCCGUCGAGAAUUCUAAGAAGAUUUGGGAUUGUUGAGUAUGGCUGAUACUCGAUAUGAUAUAUUGAGAGAAAGGACUUAUGUUGAUAGGGUAGCCUAGAAAGGUUUAGAGAAUGUACUCUGGAGGAGAGGCCCAUCGCUUGCGGCUAUUGAGCAUCUUAUACCCCAUGAUCUACUUUUUUACUUUUGGGUAAUUAUUUCUGUAGUAACUAUCAAGGUAUUAUAGUAAAAGACUUAAACUAUAUGCUGAUA